AUGCCCUAUCUAUUUCGCGGAGAAAAAGAUUUCAAAUCGAAAAGGACGAGACUUACUGUAGUUCUGGGAAUAGGCACGUCCUCCAUCGUCGAUGAGACUACGCACGAACCGAUCAUUUCAAUUCUCGCACAGAUCGUCGAGACGGCCGUCACCUUGAAGCGAGAUGGCCACCGAGUCGUCAUCGUCUCCUCCGGGGCCGUUGGCGUCGGGCUGCAGAGGAUGAAUAUGGCCAAGAGACCGAAACAUCUCGCUCAAAUUCAGUCUUCUCGCUACGAAAAGGCUCUCGCUGCUAUCGGUCAGUCUCGCCUCAUGUCGGUCUGGGACUCAUUUUUCGCGCACAAGAACCAGCCCGUCGCCCAGAUCCUGAUAACACGCAAUGACAUUGCCGAUCGCUCCCAAUAUCUCAACGCCCAGAACACCAUCGCAGAGACCCUGUCAAUGGGUGUGAUACCCAUCGUCAAUGAGAAUGAUACCUUGGCAGUAUCGGAAAUCAAGUUUGGCGAUAACGAUACGUUGUCUGCCAUUGCCGCGGCGAUGGUGAACGCUGAUUAUCUCUUUUUGAUGACUGACGUGGAUUGUCUGUACGACAGAAAUCCUAGGAAGUUUCCUGAUGCGAAGCCGAUUCUCGUGGUCGAUGACAUCGAUGCUCUCCAGGUGGAUGUCUCUUCGCGAGGGUCGGCUUUGGGAACAGGUGGUAUGGCGACGAAGAUCGUCGCUGCGCGUCUUGCUACGGCUACCGGCACGAGCACCGUCAUCACAAAGUCCUCAAAACCAGGCAACAUUGCGGCGAUCAUACGACAUCUGCACCCACCUGUGGAGGUUGACGGCGAGACUGGUACGAUGCUCUCCGUACCAAAUAUUCCGCCGCCUUUGCAUACACGAUUCCUUCCAUCCCCGUCUCCCAUCCGCAACCGCGCCUUUUGGAUCCUCCACGGCCUAGCUCCCCACGGGACACUCUACAUCGACCGAGGCGCCUCCGUCGCUUUGGCGAACAAAGCCGGCCUGUUACCCGUAGGGGUUGUCGAUGUGGAAGGGACGUUUGCUCAACAGGAGGCCGUCCGCUUGGUUGUGGUGGAUAAAACACCACUGGGGAGUUUGUCUCCCACGGGCAACUCCAACUCGGUAGCCAUGCAAUUUGUUUCGAUGGGAGAAGAGAUCGGCAGGGCUGUGGUCAAUUACUCGUCCACCGAGAUCGCGCGAAUCAAACGACUCAGGAGUUCUGAGAUCAGAAAUGUCCUGGGAUACGCCGACAGCGAGUACGUCGCGUACCGGGAGAAUGUAAGUCUACACGCGAGUGCCAGUGGUGACAAAAGUAGGCCGGACACGCCGAGUGGGCCAAGGACACCGACGAAAGAGAGGACGCCGGAGACGAGUGUGGUGGAUCUGAAGAGUUGGAAGAUAGAAUGA